AUGGCAUCUAAUGAUACUUCUACGUAUGUUGAAUGGAUGUGGCAAUCGAACUUGAAUCCAUACUCACCAUAUGAAGAAGAAGAAUGGUGUAGUUACUCAGAAGAAGAAUGUGAAAUUAUCGAAGAAGCAUAUGCGAGGGGAGCAAGCCGUGCUCAGUUGAAUAAUUACUACAUUGAUUUCGACAGUUCUAAACAGGUUUCCAUCAAAGACAAUAACAAACGAAGACCCGUCAAACGAGUAGUGCAUAAUAAAGAGUCAUGGAUCAAGUAUGAAGGAAAACUUGGCGAAGGUUACUUUGGAAAGAUAAUUGAAGAUUCAAAAACAUAUUAUAGUGAUUCAAGCAGAGGAGCUAUCAGAUGGCUUGCACCAGAACUUUGCUUUGAUCGUUCAGAGAGGUGCUCAUUUUCAUCUGAUGUUUGGGCAUUUGGAUGUGUUUUACUUGAAAUGAUGACAAAGAAAGUACCAUGGAGAAAAAUUUACGAAGAUAACCAAGAACUUAUAAACGCUUUGGCUGAUGAGAGAAAUGGAGUGAUUUUUCAAGAAAUUUGCCGCAAACAACGAGCACCAGAAAAGUUUCGAAGAAUUCUCUGCGCUUGCUGUACCUGGUCGAAACACAAUCGACCGAAUUUUGAGAAAAUUAUUAGAGAUUUCCGUUCUAUAUCAAACAAUGAUCUAGAGCUUCCAAACGAACGACACAUCACCUCGAACUCACCAAGGACGCUCCAUUCCGAACACCAAGUUGAUGUUCCAAGUCGUUGUCCGACUGCAUCAACAACGUAUACCCGUAAACGGAAGGACACAUUUGCAAACGAAGCAUUGUAUAGUUCUGACGACGAUGAAGACGAUGUUUCAAGUGAGGUUAGCCGAAACUAUUCAUAUUCAUCGCGGUCAAAGUCAGGAACUAUUGCUUCAAGACGAUCUCCGUUACAUGACGAGUGACCAACCGAUACUUAUACCUCUUAUUACAGCUGUUACACAGAUGAUUAAACCAACGAUCAUAUCCAAACAAAACUUCAGCAAAAAAACUAAAACACAAAAAAAAAUCAAAUCUCCCAACACAUGACUUUCUAACACGCUUCAGGAUAUGAACUAAAAGUUCUUAUCCAAUAAACAAGGACGAAUAAAUACGCACAUCUAUUUCAUAGCUAAAAGUGCAGGAAAAAGUGUGAGAGUGUCUAUAGGUUUAUGAUUGCACCAAAGAAUACAUUGGGGGUUCGAUACUUUACGUAUGCGAGUAUGUAGGUAAAUAUGGGUGUGUGGCAGUGUGUUGUGCGUGUAAAAGUGGGUGUGAGUAUAGCUGAAUCACAAAAACAGAGAUUGAUAUAUAUACUCGAAUUUUCGAGCUUAUCUGCACAUCCACAUCUUACCAAUUGAAUUCAGUCCACGCUUUAUGAUUUACAACAGAAAGGCUCUCUUCGACUAGAAUCCUAGAUAGAGAGCAAUAUGUGAAGGUGUGUAGUGUGCGGGUGUGAGUGGCUAUAGAAUGUAGGUGUAGGUUUGGGCGAAGAGAAGAUUCUCACCCACACCCACAUCCCGUACCUACAAAAAGGAAGGACAGAAAAGGAGGCAUAGACAGGACAUCAAUUUAAACGAGUCUCGACAAUGUAAACAUCUUUUUCUUGACUCGGAUCGAAACGAUAAAUCGAAUCGGCUCAGUAUAAGAGGCGUAGAACGAAUUUAACGCCUUGGCUCUCGGUAUUAUGUAGAAUGGAUUUUAGAUUAGUUCUGUAUUCUAUUUGUUGUUGGGUUUGAAUUUCGUCCCAAAUAACCCAAAUCUCAACUGGUUUGAUCAAAUAAGUUAACAUCAACAACAAUCUACUCUAUUAGAGAUAAGGUAUAGCGAGAAAAAUAUUUUGGGAUUAGUGACCGAAUUUUCAUUGUUUCGAAUAGUAUGUGGUCUUGGAGAAAAAUAAUAUUAAUAGUUAGUGUUCCAAGAACAGUCGUCUUACAGGUAACUAUUUAUAUGAAUUUGUUCCGAACGUAAUUUCAUUCUACAAAUCCAAAUAGAAGUCCAAACCUGAGCUCGAAAUAUAAAUCAAAUCCCAAGACCUUUGAUCCAAAGUCUCCAAUUUAUUCUAAAUUUGUUGUACCUCUACAACAUAAUCAGUACGACUGAAUCUUUUUAAGCAUAUCGGAAAUAGAAACAGCUAGCAUUGCGUACUCUUCAAUAUUCAAAAGAGUUAGUUGGGAGUACUUAAACGCGUAUCAAAGUGAUUGAUCAGUUGCUGACCCGAGACAUGAUCAUGGAUUAGAAAUCUGAAGAGCUUCUUCUUGCAAAUAUGUUACAUCCAAUUUGAAACCCGCAAUACCAACAACCGUUAGAAAAAUAUCCUCUUUCCAGUCAUAGGCAAUCAUCAUUUAUGAAUAUAUAAGCGCGUUGUUGACUGGUCGUUAGUGUAGUUUCAUUGGGUGCUCAUUGAGAUUGGAAAUGUACUAAUGAUAGUUGCGAAUGGAUGACAUUGUCAGGUGACGAUAUGGCUGCUCUCUUAACUCAAUCUAAAUCCACUUACCCACAACUACACCCCACAUCCUUGUGAUAAUGAUAUAAAACUCUUCUACAAUGCUUUCUACUAUUUAUAUCCAUAAGUUUUUGUCCCCUGGUACCUAUGAAUGAGCAGAAAACUUCAUACGAUUUAUAAUUCUAUUCUAGCUAUUCACAUUCAUUAACGAUUCGUCAGACACAGGCGCUAUUUAUUAAUUGCAUAUUAAAUCUGGUUGCCAUAUUAUAUUUACUCUGUUAUUUCUCAUACGCGUGUGAAGUACAUCGUACAGUUAGUAGGCAACGUUGAAGUAAGCCUACGAUAAACUUCGACGUUAAAUAAGUAGUUCAUGUUGUAUGAAUAAUAUAAUUUGAGAUAAAAGUGAAUUAAUAAAAUGUGGUAAGUAUAUUAUGAUGAAUUUUGGCUAACCAGCAUAGACUGGUGAAUCGGCUCUCACAAAAAAAUUCUUUCACAUUAUUAGAAAUAUUUGAUUCCCAAAAAAACACACUUUUCUGCACAAUUUUUACAAAAACAAACAUGCAAAAACGAAAAAAAAUGAUAUGGGCUGCUAGAACAAAAGCUAUGCAUGUUAGGUGGUAAGUAAACCUCUAAGGAUCAGAAAGAGCGUUCACUGUUUGUGGUUACAUUAUUUUCUUGAGUAUUAUAAGAUUUAAGAUAAAUUGAUUAAGAUAUUUCUUUCUUUUCUUUUUCACUGUGGAAUCGAGCUCGUUAUCGGCUUGGGGCUAAAAAUAAAAUUGACAGAUAAUUUUCAAGUGAAAUUCUAUCAAUCGAUUAUUACUCAAUUUGAUGAGGAAUAUUAAUAGUUUGGAAAGCUUGCAAUUUCUUGAUUUCCACACCAAGAUUAGCAGCCAUUAUUGUUGUUAAUGUACAUCCGAACUUUCGACUCAAACUAUAAAACGUUUCACCUUCCUGGACCUCGUAGAGAAACAUGUUUGAUGUAUUGUCCAGCGCACAAUCUAAGUACGAAUGAACAUAUUUGUUCAAAAGUCAAAUAUAUGAAACUCGAUACAUCUAUUGUUUGUCUCGCUAAAAUAUGUAUUCAUGCAUAUAUGUCUCACUGAUAGGUUUUCUACUUUAAAAAUAUCUGCUGUUUAAUCAUAUUUACGUUCGUGACUGCGUACGCAUGAUCAAACAGAUGAUAAAUAGAUGACAGUUAGAACGUCUUUCUUUUUUUCUUACUGUUUUACUCAGUAUCUCGCUUAGAGAAUAGAUCAUAUAUAUCAUGAGACGUCCAUGAUACAAAUAUUUGCAUCAAAUACUUGUGUUUCUCAAUAGUGUACUCUCUUAUUCCGUCUUCUACUUUUUUUAUACAGGGUGUUCCACAAGAUCUGUUUCUAAGAGAAUUUUUUGUAAUGCUCUCUAAUGUAAAGUCAAAUUAGUCAUGUUUUUCUUUCAUAUUAUAGAAAUUGUCGAGAAGAUUUUGUUUGCACAAAAGAAAAUCACUAGGAUUGAUAGAAACGAUGACCUCUGUGAUGAACAAUAAUAAAAAUUGUAAACAUCAUCAAAGUAGGAUCAAUAUGUGAUACAUGAUAAAAUCAUUCCAACUAUCAUGACGAAGUAUUAAUACAUGUAUCGUUAUUUUUCUAGAUAGCAAAGAACAACUCGUCGAACAUUACUCUUACUAUCACAGACUGUACCAUGCAUGUCUGUCACCGUCUGCGAAGUAGUCACAUCGUUUACUUCUUUUGCCAUGUACUUCAACAAUUAGUAGCCACCAUGUUUUAGAAGGAUUUUUAGUAAGUGUAUGUAUAUAUGUAAGAAGUUGCAAACAAAUACAAGAUCUUCUCAUCACACUCAUGUUCGAGAAUUUCAAAAACUUUCAUUGUUUGCUCUCUAUGACGUUAGUUUGUCUCUCUCAUUCUUUUAUUUAUAGACCUAUGGCAUAUAUUAUGACCUCGAUAUUGUUGCGGAGAAAUUCUAAUUAUUUUGACAUUUCGUUUGAGAAAUAUCUUAUAAAAAAUACUAUCUCCUUUUGGUCUAUUGCAUUUUCUUCAUCCAAUAAGCCUUUGACAACAGUACUCGUCUGUAUUGAGCAUUUUCUGACACACUUAC